UACCUUGGCACUUGGCACUAAGAAGCAAGAGCAGAAGCAGAGCCCCCACACAACCAGGCCAAAUUUCACUCAAAACCCUCUCUCCCUGCCUUUUCUCCUGUUCCCAGCCCAACGAGAGGCUGCUUUUGCCUGGUAGUAAUGGCAGUGGCUAAACUUGUCUGCGUCUUGCUUCUGGCUAUCCUCGGCAUUUCCAUGGUUGCAACCCAGGUCAUGGCAAAAGAUACCCAACACCACCUUGACAGCGGGAAUUAUGGACCUGGAAGUCUGAAGAGCUCCCAAUGCCCAUCGCAGUGCACGAGGAGAUGCAGCAAGACACAGUACCACAAACCGUGCAUGUUCUUCUGCCAAAAAUGCUGUGCAAAGUGCCUAUGCGUGCCUCCAGGCUACUAUGGAAAUAAAAAUGUAUGCCCCUGCUACAACAACUGGAAGACCAAGCGUGGAGGACCCAAAUGCCCUUAGAUUUCUUUUCUUCUUCUCUUUGCUAUGGGAAAUGCUUGUUUCCCUUGGUCAUUAAUUUGAUGACCUUUAAUUUCCAAUUCAUUUUAUGGCUCUUUUUGGGUUCCUCAUUUGAGAAGCUUUUUACUGCCCAAAUAUAUGCUAUUUUUCUUUUUUUUUUUUUUAUGCAUCUUUCUUUUCUAAAUUAAUAAAAAUUGCAUCACUUCAUCUAA